GGGCCUUUAAGGGUUCCACUCCCGCUUGACUUGAUGCAACGCCUCCAACAAACAGGACAGGCGCAACCUGCAUAAGCAAUCGUCUUCGACGAUCACCUUACCGCUGCGUUGGUCCUAUCGAACCACCGGACUCGUAGCAAACCGCCGUCAAUGCUCACCGGUGCGAUGUGCUAAUUUGUUGGCAAUUCACAAACUCAUCACCCCGCUUUAACAAGAACCCUCUGCCUCGCGUCGCGCUUGUCUCAGAUACCAACGGCGAUGACGACAGCGGUAGUCAGGCCACUGCCACACGCACGCGGUAUACCGCAACAACCCAAUGGCCUCGUUUCUGUGCGACCGGUUGCCGUUGCGCUCGCCCGUAUCCUCUCCGUAACCCUGUCGACGGCCUACGCCGCACCGCUGGCUGCUCGAUCCCACAACAGCGGUGAUGAACCUGAGGCCGAAGGCGCGAGCCUCUGGGUUCUCUAUGUGGCCUCGGGGGUUCUCGUGCUUCUGGGUGGUGCGUUUGCCGGCUUGACUAUUGCACUGAUGGGACAGGAUGGCAUAUAUCUCCAGGUCAUGGCCCGAGACCCGAGCGAGCCGCAACAAAGGAACGCGAAACGAGUCCACGAUCUUCUCAACAAGGGUAAACACUGGGUUUUGGUCACACUACUCUUGGCCAAUGUCAUCGUAAAUGAGACACUCCCAGUGGUCCUAGACCGCUGUCUUGGUGGCGGUGUCGCUGCCGUCGUUGGCUCCACCUUUUUGAUCGUGAUCUUCGGCGAAGUUCUACCCCAGUCCGUCUGCGUUCGAUACGGCCUUCAAAUUGGUGGCUACAUGUCAAAGCCCGUCCUUGCCAUGAUGUAUUUGCUGGCGCCCAUUGCCUGGCCGACAGCGAAGCUCCUCGACUGGCUACUGGGAGAGGACCACGGCACAGUCUACAAGAAGAGCGGGCUGAAGACUCUUGUGACACUGCAUAAGAGCCUCGGCGAAGUGUCUCAGCGCCUGACACAAGACGAAGUCACCAUCAUCAGUGCGGUCCUAGACUUGAAGGACAAGUCGGUCGCCGAUGUGAUGACACCGAUGGACGACGUCUUCGUCAUGUCAGAGGAUACGGUCUUGGAUGAAGAGACUAUGGCCAUGAUUCUGUCCGCAGGCUAUUCGCGCAUUCCGAUCCAUGAAACUGGGAAUCCGACAAAUUUCGUGGGCAUGCUUCUGGUUAAAAUUCUCAUUACCUAUGACCCCGAGGAUUGCAAGCUCGUCCGCGAUUUUCCGUUGGCCACGCUUCCAGAGACUCGUCCAGAGACGAGUUGCCUGGAUAUCGUCAACUUUUUCCAGGAGGGCAAAUCUCACAUGGUGCUGGUUUCUGAAUAUCCAGGAGAGGACCAUGGUGCGCUCGGUGUUGUAACCCUGGAGGAUGUGAUUGAAGAGUUGAUAGGGGAGGAAAUCAUCGAUGAGUCGGAUGUCUACAUUGAUGUCCACAAAGCCAUUCGGCGGCUCACUCCGGCUCCCAAAGCAAGAGUCCAACGCAGACAAUCAGACGACCCGAGUCGGAAGGUCAACGAUCACGGUACUAUCGGGAGAUCGGAGAGCGAGAGUAUACUCGAGGAUUUGCACCAAGCAGUUCAAACUCCCAGUGCGACGGGCUAUGGCUCACCCAUGUUGUCCAGCAGUCCUAAGACAGCGACGCUGAUGCUGCGGAGGAGUUCGGCUGGCUUGGACGGCCAGAUGAUCAAAGCAACUGUCCCUGUGCGCGCAAACCUGGAGGACAUCAAACAGCAUUUGAAGCAUCUUGGGCCUUCGAACCCGGCGACGAACCCCAACAAGACUCGGUCAACCACUGUUAAAAUCAAACCGGGCAGUGGCGCACAUUUGACUCAGCCGCGUUCCGGAGCGAGUGCUGAACGAGCUAGUGAGGAAGCCGCCAUGGAAGAAGGGGAUGAGACCACCAGACUGUUGAGGCCGGAAUUGUCCGGGAAGGACGGUAUCCAGGCGUUGGGGCAGCAAAAUUACGGUUCCGUCGGUCCCGCCAUGCCUCUGCACUUAUCGCCGCGCGCGAACGACGUACCGAUCUUGAUCCUCGAAUCGGGGGAGCAGGCCGACAAGUCAACCCAAACAUCAAACGAUGGUAACCGGAAAUUAAAUGAAACAGCCACGGGGGGUGCUACUAGCAGCCAGCAACCAGGACAGCACCUACAGCAACAAUCAAGUACAAACUCAAGUGGUGGGAGCGCUAGCAGCACACCAACAGAAAACACCCUCGUCCCGAAGCGGCCGUAUGUCCGUUCCGGGAGCAUAACCGAGAACAUCGUCGAGUCACGGGGUGUGCGGAAGGUGGUGCUCGAAAUGGCCAGUUCUACCGACGAGGAGGAGCCGCAGCAAGGGAAAAGUAAUGGGCAAGUUUCUCGGCAGUCAGCGGUUGAGGAGCAAGAGGAGAACGAGGAUGAGGAUGUCUUCGUGUCGCCUUUUUCAAGUUCGUCCAGGGGCGAAGAGGUGGGGUCGUAUGCCGAAGCUGUGGCCAAGGGCGCAUCCCAAGGAUCUCAGGAUGAUUCCUCAAAUACAGGUAGCGGUGCGGGCAAGAAGAAGAACAACAGGCGGAAGAAGCGCAAGGGCGGCAGGGCAUAGGUGGACUGGCUGGACCUGGUCGCUCAGGCUGUUGUCGAAUCAGUGUAAGAGGAGACAGCGUUGCUUGUAUCAGUAUGUAGCAUCGUCGUUAUCUGGGAUGUUUAGGACUGGGCUAGUGCACAUCAGGGUUAUCAUCAUGGGGCGUCAAGGUCGAGCUUAAUAAGUCUUGCGCUUGUAGGGAAUCAGUAGUGUACCUAUCAAAGCUUCAAAGAGCUUAGUUUCCAAAUCGAUCAACAAUGCACUAGCUCAGCUUGCUGACGCUCUUCUAUAAUAUGGUAUAAUAGACCCUUGUCAAG